CUUUGGAAAGUAGAAGAAGGCGGGCCCCAUUCUGAGACCGACAGCCUCAGUAGCCAAUGGCGUGGCGUAGUUAGAGAAACUCACGCUCAGAAUCCUGCCAUCAUGAAGAGAGAAACAGAAUUCCUCUGGCUUCCCUUGGCGUUCACUAACCUUUAUAUCUUGACAAGUCUUUCUCAGAGGAUGGACAACUUAACCUUUGUUGUGGUGGUUUUUCGCCAUGGAGACCGUGCUCCCAUUGAUACAUACCCAAAUGACCCAUACAAGGAAAAGAUAUGGCCAAAUGGACUCCAACAACUGACCCAGGAGGGUGUGAGGCAACAAUAUGAACUGGGCCGCUUUCUGAGGAGGAGAUAUGAUCAUUUCUUGAGUUCCACAUACAACAGACAGGAGAUCUAUGUUCGCAGCACUGACUAUGACCGAACCCUAAUGAGUGCCCAAGCAAGCUUAGCUGGGCUGUACCCCCCCAACGGAUCCCAGCUCUGGCACCCAGAGAUACACUGGCAGCCAAUCCCUGUUCACACAGUUCCUGUCUCGCAAGAUCGGCUCCUGAAAUUCCCCUCCAAAGACUGCCCCAGGUACUAUGAGCUAAUGAGGGAGACGAUCCAGCAACCGGAGUAUCAGGACAAAGUAAACAGCUGGAAGGACAUCAUGAAACGGAUAGCCAACUACACAGGUUACAGGGCAGAGACCACUAUCUCUCGUUGGGUCUGGAAGGUCUAUGACACACUCUUCUGCCAGAAAUCCCACAACAUUAGCCUUCCCUUAUGGGCCACUGCAGAUGUCAUGAAGACCCUGGAAGAGAUCUCUGCCUUUGAUGUGAAGAGCCACGUGGAGAUGCACAAGACCAAUGAAAAGGCCCGUCUGACAGGAGGAAUCUUGGUGGAUGCUCUGCUGAGGAACUUCUCGGAUGUGGUGCACAAGUCUUUGCCUCUAAAAAUGCUCAUGUACUCAGCGCAUGACAGCACCCUCAUAGCAUUACAGGGCGCCCUGAAAGUUUACAAUGGUUUGCAGCCUCCUUAUUCUUCCUGUCACAUAUUUGAAUUUUACAAGGAAGUUGAUGGUACCCACAGUGUGAGAAUGUUCUACCGAAAUGAGUCCAGCAGGGAACCUUAUGAACUGCUGCUGCCUGGGUGUGCCUCCCCCUGCCCAGUCCUAAACUUCACUCAGCUAACGGCACCCAUGAUUCCGAUGGACUGGAGAAAAGAGUGCACCUCAGAUGGACCAUCAACGCAGUACAGAAAUGGUUCUGAGAACAGCUCUGUUCUGGCUUUGUCCAUCACUGUGGGAAUCCUUGGACUGGCACUAACAAUGAUGCUAUUCUGUCUCUGGAGAACACACAGACAGCCUGUGGGAAGAUAUGAGCCUUAAAAACAACUUUAGUCACCAACAA